AUGCUUCCGCUGUCAUCUUUAACUCGGCGUUUAGCCAUAAGGGCAGAGCCAUCAUCACUCUCCAUUAAACUGCCGGUAUGUAACAGAAGUUAUCAAGAUUGGGUAGUACUAACACCCCACGGCCUAUUUCGACAACGCACUAAAGGGCCCUCGUUAAUUUUAUCCCCCGAGCAAGGAAAUGUCGUGAAACUCUGUGCUGAGCAAAAUGUUGUCGUAUCAGCACGACCAGGUUCAGGCAAAACGGCUAUGGCAGAAGCCAUUGUAGCCCAUUACCCAAACCAGCACACAGCCCUUUCCGUCUAUCUGAAGAUACUUCAGCUUGAAAACGAACGCCGACUCAAAAGUUACCCCAAUGCGAGAGUUUUCACCAUACAUAAAAUGGCAAGGUUGCUUUUCGGGACCGUUAUACCGGACGACGCCAAACUAUUGGAGCUGAUUAAAGGAGCUGUAAACAAAAAUGAGCUCCCCGAAGGAGACUUUAAACCUUUCGACAUCAUUGUGCUGGACGAAUUCCAGGACUGCACAGAACUCCUAUAUUGGUUGGUCAUCUGUUUUAUUCGAGUAAACACGCGGAAGAGGGGCGGUCGACCAGCCCGCCUCGUCAUUCUCGGAGAUGAACGACAGUCCAUUUACCGAUUUCGUGGCGCCGAUCACAGAUACCUUACUCAAGCCCCAGAGUUGCUGGGCCCUGUCAGCUCCCAUCCCUUUGUUGAACUUCCUUUGAGUGAAAGCUUCCGAUUGUCAAAUGAAACGGUUCAGUUCAUCAACAAAACUUUUCUAGGGGAAGACUCAUAUAUAACCAGCUCAAAGUCCGGCCCAAAGCCUAUAGUCUUUAGAUACAUUCCUCCCCGCAUUAAUGCUUUGGCCAAGGAACUAUCAACUUUGAUCAAGCAAUACGGCGCCGAAAACAGCGCCAUUGUUGCACCCUCAGUGCGGAAAAAUGGACCUCUGAUCAAAUUGGUCAACAUCCUGAGCAAGGAAUAUGGCAUACCAAUUGCUCCGCCCAUCGAUUAUGACAGCCCUAUAGAUGAAAGGGUCUGGGACGGAAAGUUGUCCAUAUCUACUAUUCACGGGUUCAAGGGUAGAGAGCGUGGCUUGGUCAUUCUCUUGGGGAUAGACGCAUCCUUUUUCAGAUAUCUUGGUCGAGAUCUUCCUGAUAACACCUGUCCAAACGAAGUGUUUGUCGCCUUGACCCGUGUAGUGGAACAGCUUGUCUUGGUCCAUGACGAGAGAGAGAAGUUGAUGCCGUUUGUGUCUGUGGAUAACUUGUACGAAACAGCGGAGGUCAUCAAUUUGACAUCCAAUAAGGCCAAAAUCGCAUCUCCCAACGCACCAGGACGGGCUUUGCAGUUUGGGCUUGACCUACCCCCCAAAGUCAAUGUCACAGACAUGGCACGAUAUGUCCGGGGUGAACGCCUGGACGCGAUUAUUCAGCGUGAUCUGUGUAUCCAAGAGCUCUCAGAAUCUCUGCCCGAGAAAGAACAUAUUCGUAUACGAGAUGUUGUCUGCUCGGAUCCAGUAAAUGGAUUCUACGAGGCGGUGGGUGAUAUAAAUGCUCUCGUGGUUCUAGCAGCAUUUCAGCAUGCUAUUACAGGGGCAGCAACAUUAUUCGGCUCCAACAACCAGGUCACCGAUGACAGAACCUCGAUUUGUACAUACGAACAAAUUUCUCGACUUUGUAGAAACGCUUGUGCAUAUCAAGCUCUCAUUUCGGGCUACCAACCGCGCUACCUCCAGAUGAAAAAUCACGAUUUCAACUGGAUGAACCUUAGGGAUCUUGUUCUUGCUCAGAGCCGGCUUCAAAGUGAGCUUGGAGACUCAGCUUCUAAUCUCAAGUUUGAGGUUGACGUCAAACGAUACCUUGUUGUCGACAAGAGGGAAACCCUCCUUUAUGGUCGAGCCGAUGUCGUCACCGCUCCCACCAUUUCAGAAGAUGGCGAGAUUGAAAGCGUAGAAUCUGUAUGGGAGAUCAAGUUUGUCUCACGACUUUCCAACGAGCAUAUCGUACAGGCAUGUACUUAUGCGUACUUGUUGGCCGCUCGGUCCGGUCAGGUACCCCGUAUCAUACUCUACAACGUACGAGAUGGGAAGAAGCUGGAAAUUACCCCACGGGAUGGAUUGGAAGGGCUGCGACGUAUGAUUGAAAGCGUUCUUCGACUAAAGUAUACGGCAGAAAAGGGGAUGGAAGAUGAUGAAUUCACUGAAAUGUGUACGAGGACGACACGACAAGUUCUGGACUUGGAUGAUCCAAGAGAAUGA